AUGGAGGAGCUCCAAGACCGACUUGACUACCACUUCAAAUCCAUUCCAUUGUUAGAAGAGGCUUUGCAUCCAGCUGAUACGCGUCCGCUGCAAGGCAACAAGCGUCUGGCGCUCAUUGGAGACUCCGUUCUGUCCACUUUACUUCUGGACGAAUGGUACGAUAGUGGAGAUACCAUCGGCAAGUUGGACUGUGGAAUCGCUAAUUUGUAA